UGGUUAAGAAGCAAUUGCUCAAAACGCAAAAGAAAAAAUUUGGCAAGUUAAUUUUAAUUUCUGUGUUAAUAUCUAAAAGCGUUCAAAAAUUGCUGAAUGUAGUGAUUCUGGGUACAUUUGAAAUAUGUGUGUAUUUAUACACAGUGGUUACAUUUGUGUUUCUAUUUAAAGCAAAGCCCUUUUGCAAAGAAACAUUAGUUGACUUCUGAAUGAUUAAAUGAAAUUGAGUUGUCGAUUAUGGAUGGUGUGUGUAGCAUGUUUUUAAUAACUUAUAGGUAGCGUUUCAUUACCUAAAUCUCUAGCGUGAUUUCCCCGCACUCAAUAAUUACAGCGACUUGCUUGCUUUUCGGCUGUUGUUGAUACUUAACAGAUUACAACACAAGUUAUUUCGCGCCGAACUUGCUGUUUGAAAAUAUGGAUCAAUAACUCUGUUUAAUUUGAACUUAAUUUUGCAUUAUCAUCGGAGUGCGACGCAAUGGGCGGUUUAGAAAUGUGGGACCUCCUCGCUCCGAUGAUAACAUGGUCCUUCGAGCCGGAUUUUAAUGAUAUUAACGAUCCAUUUAACCAGAGCAUUUUCAACAGCUGAAAUUAAGCAAGUACAAGCCAGCACCAAGCACCAACCAUCAGCAAGCACCAAAAAGCACUAAGCACCAACCAGCACCAAGCAUCAACCGAACAGGCAUUAAAGAAAACAAACCGUUCCAGAUUACUAAAAAAGACCAUCAGCACAGCCAGCAGUUUGCCUUUGCGGAAAAACAUCCUUUUACACUGCGCAUGUCACAAAAGCAAGGAUAUUCUAUCUAGUUUGACGUUUGGCACUUAUUGAACCUUGUCAACAUAAGCAAUGUGAGCGAGUCAUUUUUCAGUUAUUGCACAACAAUUAGAAAUCACGUUGUAGUGAUGAAUUUAAUGCACGGAAUUGUAAUUAUUCUCAGCGCUGUAAUAUUUCUAUUCUAUAAACUCUCCAAACAACGAAACUCUGUGCUACAAAAUAUUCAAGCAUUACGUCCGCCCAAUCCGGAAACGUCGCAGCCGCCUUCAUUUUCACCACUGCUCGAAUAUGAAAAUGGGGCGGUGUGUUCUGACAGCGAUGCCUGCAGUAGGAUUGGCAGGGAUAUAAUGGAGAAAUCAGCGGGCAGUGCCGUUGAUGCUGCCAUCGCCACGCUCUUCUGCAAUGGUCUGCUGGCUAUGCAGAGUAUGGGGCUCGGCGGCGGUGUAAUCAUGAACAUCUACUCGAGUAGUGAGCAACGUGCCUAUAGCAUAUUGAGCAGAGAGCGAGCGCCACUCCAAUUCCAGCUGCCUGAGGGGAAUAUUAGCACCAUCUUUCAGUCGGCUUUGGGUAUUGCAGUGCCAGCAGAGGUCGCUGGCUACUCGUUGGCGUAUCAACAUUUUGGCAAGUUGCCCUGGCGCCAACUGGUGGAACCCACCACGAAAUUGUGUCGCCAAGGUUACUAUCUCACCAAACACCAACGUGAUUCGGUGUAUAUUAAUGGCAAGUUGCUCAAAGAGAAUGCCGUCCUACGCAAAAUGUUUAUAGAUCCGAAAACCGGUCAGGUAUUUAGAACAGGAGCGCAUGUACGGCCACCAGAGGUGCUUUGUCGCACAUACGAAACGCUGGCACGAGAUGGACCAGCAGACUUUUAUCAUGGAGAUUUGAUGGAAAGAGUUUUAAAGGAUUUACGUGAAUUUGGUAGUCCCAUUGAUGAGUUGGAUAUGCGGAAUAUGACGGCUGAGUUGGCAUUUUCACCCAAUGUGACUUUGGGCCCAUACACGUUACACGUCACACCGCCACCCGGUAGUGGUUAUAUUGUUGCAUUUGUAAUGAGCAUUUUGCAGAAGUUUAGUAAAAAGUUUGCUACGGCAAACGACAUUGACGCCAACGGACUGCAUCGUAUAGUCGAAGCGCUAAAAUUUGGUUUCGUCGAACGUUGGAAACUGGAUGUGGAGGUGACAGAAGAGGAACUAUCCAAUCUAACAAAUGCGACCUAUGCACGUCAUCUAGCCUAUCUGAUUGACGAGGUGCGUACUUUCAAAGAUGCGACAAGCUAUGGCGCAAGUGAGCAUUUAGUCUCCCGCACAGAGCAUGGUACAGCGCAUAUAUCGGUGCUGGCGCCAAACGGUGAUGCUGUGGCCGCAACAAGCUCCAUCAACUUUUACUUCGGCAGCGGCAAGAUUGGCACACGCUCCGGCAUUCUCUUCAAUAAUGCCAUGUCAGAUUUCGCCAUCGACGGCCUGCAAAAUUACUUCGAUCUACCUAAUAUGCCCUAUAAGAAUCGUGUUAAGCCUGGUGGCUCCCCCAUGUCUUCCAUGAGUCCUAUUAUAGUUACCGAUCGGAAUGGUGAGGUGCGUUUGGUGACUGGCGCUGCUGGUGGCACUAAAAUCAUUUCUGUGCUGGUGCAUAUUCUGGUGCGCAUACUCUGGUUGGAGCAGAAUAUCAAACAAGCCAUUGAUGCACCACGUUUCCAUCAUCAAUUGGAACCAAACAUACUUGAAUAUGAGUUUGGUAUAUUGCAAGAAGUUGUAAAUGCUUUGGAGGCUAAGGGACAUAAGACGAAGCGUUACAGAGAGCGCGGAUCUGCUGUUUGUGGUAUUGAACGGGUACGAGGCAAAGUUUAUGGAAAUGCUGACUAUCGGAAAGAAGGAGAUGUGAUGGGUUUCUAGGUGGUUUCGCAAAGUGCCGAAGUGAAAAAAGUUAUUGGGUUGAGAAUUCGAUAAUUCUUUUUAUUUAAAAAAACAAAAAACAGAGGAGAGUAAAAAAAGGCUUAGAAGCAAUCGAAUCAAGGAAAAUCGCUUACCAAAAGCGCACAGAGCAGAAGAAGAAACCUAUAUUUAAGUAUUAUAUAAUAAUAAAAAUAUUGUAUCUUUCUUUAUGCAAAGUUGUCAUAAACCAAAAAAAUAGCAAAUUUAAAAUUUUUAUGUGAUAACUAUUUAAUUAAAAAAUCAUCUAAGUACAUAUUUAAGCAAAAAAGCAACAAAAAGUUAAAGUUAAAAACAUCAAAAUAAAAUUGUGCCGAAAAUUUAUUACUCUUUAUUAAAUUACUACAACAAUAAUAUUAAAAAGAAAGCAGACUGUAUUAUGAUUGUAAUGUCACAGAGGGCUCAAAUUUCUUAAUGAUCUA